ACCUGUAAACAUUCCUCCUUGAGCCCACACAGGCGUUUGCGGAGAACCCACCGAAAGGGACGUGAAUACUUUACAGAGUUGAUUUAUAGCACAUUUCUCUCACGACCAACUUACUGCUGAAAAGUUGCAUCAGUUGUUUUCUUGCUCGCUACAUCCGCCUGUCCUGGAUCAAAUUUCCUGCUGCAGAGUUCUGAGCUUCAACCUUCAGGGUUAAUCAUUGUUUUCUAUAAUCGGUGUCGGAGAACAUCAGAGGGAACUACCACUUAUAUAGUGCGACCCUGUAUCUUCAGGUUCUCCAUCCAACAGAUUUUUAAAUCCGUUAAACUUGUCUCGACUGACCAACGAGCUGAAGAUGAACCCCAGCAGCGGAGCCCGCAGCGGGAAGACUUUCCUUUUCACAUCCGAGUCUGUUGGAGAGGGACACUCUGAUAAAAUGUGUGAUCAGAUCAGUGAUGCUGUACUUGAUGCAUACCUGAGUCAAGACCCUGACUCUAAGGUGGCCUGCGAAUGUGUGGCAAAGACAGGGAUGAUUUUACUGGUUGGAGAAGUGACAUCUAAGGCCAUAGUGGAUCUCCAGUCAGUGGUCCGAAAUACUGUGAAGAAGAUUGGCUAUGAUAGCUCUUCGAAAGGUUUUGACUAUAAGACCUGCAAUGUGCUGGUGGCUCUGGAGCCACAGUGUGUGGAGAUAUCAGACUGUGUGUUUGAAGGCAGGGAUCAGGAGGACAUCGGUGCAGGGGAUCAGGGUUUGAUGUUUGGCUACGCCACAGAUGAGACUGAGGAGUGUAUGCCUUUAACCAUCCUCCUGGCCCACAAACUCAACUACAGGAUGAAGGAGCUGUCACGUAAUGGAGAGUGUCCUUGGAUACUACCAGACUCCAAGUCACAGGUCACGGUGGAGUAUAAAGACAACAUGGGAGCCAUGGAGCCGCUGCGUGUUCACACUGUGGUCAUCUCAGUCCAACACAGCCCUGACAUCAGCCUGGAGGAGAUCAGACACUAUCUGAUGGAGAAGGUGGUGAAGGUCGUCAUUCCUGCCAAGUAUCUGGAUAAUAAGACCAUCUACCAUCUGCUGCCAAGUGGGAAAUUCCUCAUGGGCGGUCCACAGGGUGAUGCAGGACUCACAGGGCGUAAAAUCAUAGUGGACACCUAUGGAGGAUGGGGCGGGCACGGAGGAGGGGCUUUCUCUGGAAAAGACUACUCCAAAGUGGACCGGUCCGGGGCUUAUGCUGCACGCUGGGUCGCCAAGUCUCUGGUCAAAGCUGGACUGUGCAGGAGAGCCCUCGUCCAGAUCUCCUAUGCUAUCAGUGUGAGCCAUCCACUCUCCAUCUCAGUGUUUCACUACGGCACAUCGAACAGGGACGAGGACGAGCUGCUGCAGAUAGUACAGAAGAACUUUGACCUGAGGCCUGGAGUCAUUGUGAGAGAGCUGGGUUUGAAGCGACCAAUUUACCAAGCCACUGCCUGCUACGGUCACUUUGGCAGAGCGGAGUUCCCCUGGGAAAAACCAAAGCCUCUGGUGUUUUGAGUUUGGCAUGGAUCACAUUCUAGCUAUGUCUUGAUUAUCAGUCAUAAAACAAUCAAGAGUCCAAUGUGAUUCACAGAAUGAAAAUAUAACUUAAUACAACUGUGUAGAUUGAAAAUCUUUUUUCUCUAUAUAAUGUUUGACUUGAACUGUAAAGGCAGUAAUCGGUACUUUUGUUGAAGAAUGAAUUUAGAUUUUUGAUAAAAAGGUACUGUUCUAUGAGGAACUGUAGUUAUUCAAAAUUAAUUAUGCAAUAAAUGGGAGUUUCCUAGAAAAAAAA